AUGUAAAACAAACAGAAUCAUUUAUAUUCAUUGUCUCAUAAGGGUUCUAAAAGUGAAUAUAGAAAAAAGAAAUCUAUUGACAUCAACUAUUCUAUCCCAUGUAUAAACUGUGAAUGUUUCAUUCCAGUUGCUGAAGUCAAUAAACAUACUUUAUUAUGCCAAUUCUCAUUAUCUACUUAAAGUUCUUAAAUUAAAGAUUUAACAGCAAGCGAAGAGACUGAUUUUAAGCUCAAAAAACUAAGAUUAUAAAUAUUAAUUUAGGCUAAAACAGAAACAAAUCUAAAUGAUAAAAAAUAUCUAAUGCGUAUAGAAGAACUUUGUGCUUAAUUACUUAAAUUGUAGAGCUUUGAGGAAUAAUAAUACAAAAAAUUAUUAGAUAUUUCAGAAGAAAUAAAAAUGCUAACUGAGUCCUAUGAAGGCGAGUUGUUUAUUUAAUUAUUUUUGGAAAGAUUGAAAUCUUUGGCACUAGUGAAGUAAUAGAAUAUGAAAUCUCUAAGAUAAGAAAAGUAUUAAUUUGAAAAUUAUUAAUAAUACUAAAAAAAUUAAGAUAUUGAUAAGUAAUCACUUAGGGUCCAAACUCAAUAAGAUCUGUAGGAGCCAGUUUAAUAGGAUCAUGGUUAUUUAUUUUCGACUUGUGUUAGUUAUUUGGGAUAAAAUGUGAAACUUAGAAAGACUUAAAUCAAAAAAUUCUAUUUGGAAAAAUACAGUAAGCCUUUGCUAGAGAAAAAAAGUGAAAUUUUUACUUAAUUGUCUAGUUCAAAAUGUGAAGGAGAAAUUCAGGAAAGUAAGGAUAUUUAAAAUACAUGUAAUAGAAAUUAAAGGCUAUUUUAUUAAAAAUGUUUGAAUUUUAAAGCAUUUUUGUUAAAUAGUGAUCCUGCUUAAAAGGUUCCACUUUGUAUAUUAUAUAAAGAAGUUCUUAAUAAAAGAAUUCCCAUUUAUAAAUGGGAUGAAUUUAUCUAAUCAGCAUUUGUUAAACCUUCCUAAUAUUUAGAUUUUAAGAAGUUGAAUGUGUUUAAUUAACCAAAUAAUAAUUAUAAUUCUAUUAAAGCAUUUUCAAUCAACAGUAAUUUCAAAGAGAGAUUGAGAUAUCUUAAUUAAGUUUGA